AUGACAUCUGGCAUGGAGUUGAAAGUUAUUGCCCCACGAUCGGCCACCACUCUUGGGGAACCGAUGUGGCGAUCUGACAUAGCAUCACCACCACCUCAUGCUAACGUCACCUCUUACCAAGCUCCGUACCAGCAACAGCAAUGGGGAGGUUCCUUCUCUCCUCCACCCCCUGCUCCAAAUGCUCCUCUACCCCAGCUCCCCACUUUUUCCUCCCCCCUGAAGGCAAACCAGUCCCCCAGUGCCCCACAGAGUAACAGGCCGUUUAAAAGUGUUCCCGAAUUAAGCCCUCUCAGUCCACCUGGGUCAUCUUCUCAGUACAGGGUCCCAAAGCCGAGCUGUCCUCAGGAGAUUUAUCUGGUGCUAAAAGCGUCCCGAGUCCAGGGGCACAGCAGCGCCGCUUCAGUCACCGCAGGGAAACUGGAGAACCGGCCAACUGGGACGGCACCAAACCCCAAACUCUACAUGUGGCUUGCUGUAACCAUGCCUCUGCCAACCGCUCCGCCUCCAAACAAGAGGAAGAAGGCCGACAAGAUCAUCACCGACCUCACCAACAUCAGCCAGAACGACGAUGAUGCUGACGCGGACGCUUCGGAGCUGGACCUGGGAACCAAGAUCAAAACGCCCAAAGACGUGAUGCUGGAGGAGCUGUCUCUGAUGAAGAACAAAGGCUCCAAGAUGUUCCAGAUGAGACAGCAGCGCGUGGAGAGGUUCAUCGUCACCAACAAAAACAUGAACAACCUGGAGAACCUGCUGAUCCUCCCCCCGCUGCCUCCUCCCAAACCCGAGGUGGUCAAAAAUGAAGACAAACCUGAAGUGAACGAGGCCGAGGAGAAGGAGCGUAGGAGGAAGCAGUAUGUGCGCACCUACGUGUCGCCAUGGGAACGGGCCAUGAGGGGCGACGAGAUCCUGGUGGCCACCAUGAAGGGCCAGAUGCCGGGGCCCAUCCAGAUGCACCUGGAGCUGCCCCAGUACAAGAGCUUCAACAGGACGGCGCUGCCUUUCGGGGGUGUGGAGAAGGCCCCUAAGACGCUGAUGUUUGAGUUGCCUGAAGCCAUGGCGACCCCAGAGGAGGCAGACCCUCUGUCCAGCCUCCAUCCAGACAUCCGCUCCAGGCCGUCCUUCAACCGCACCCCCAUCGGCUGGGUGUGCGAGGACGGGCCCCACCUGCCCCUGGAGCUGGAGAACAUGCCCUUCGAUGGAGAAACCGAGGAUCUCUGA